GCUACGUCACGUGACUACUGGUAUAUAGGGGUUUGUGAGGGUUGAAUUCCCGCACUCUUCGUUACAAAUCUUCAGUCAAAGUCUGACCGAGACUGGACGGAAGAAAUCUCCCGCGCACCAGCCACUGUUCUUCCGCGACAACUUGCAACAAUUGUUGACGAUGGUUUUGCUAGCUGAGGGCGCCGGUUCCAUGGACGAGAGUGCGGAGGCGAUGACUCUGCACGCCCGCCCCCGGGCCAGCGUGGACUUCGGGGUGCAGACGGGCGGGCCGGGGCUGGCCGCCAAGCUGCACGACUCCCCCCGGCACCAGCGGCGCAUGUCGCUCAUUACCCACCAGCCGCCGCUGAAGAAGGUGACCGUCACUCUGGUUCUGACCGGCUGGCUGGUCGGCAUGGUGGUGAAGGCCUCCCUCGACGGGUCGUCCUGGCUGCCGUGGUCGACCCCUGCACUACCCGACAUGACCGCUAGGAUGAUCUACUGCGCCCGCUGCCUGGCUGUAUGCACCUUGCCUUUGCUUGCAGGUGUGGUGUUCUGCACCUACAAGCGCAUCAUGACGCCGGCCCUGGACCCCCUGGCCGGGCACGAGCACUACGUGGAGGUGCACCGGCGCUUCCUGGAGAACACGGUGGAGCAGUUCCUCCUGCUGGGAGUCAACCUGGUGCCCAUGACGGCCACGCUGUCCGACCAGUACCUGCCCGUCAUCCCCGCCGUGGUGGCGCUCUUCCUGGUGGGAAGGUUUCUGUUCUGGGUGACGUACGUGUACCGGCGGUCGGAGCGCGGGUUCCCGUACAUGCUCUCCGUGUACCCCAGCAUGGCCAUGUUCAUGUACAACAUGUACAUGUGUCUGUAGGCCAGCGGCAGAAACAACAUGAGCAAGUUUUAGGUUUCGUGAUCAAAGUAUCGUAUCGUGGCACAAAAAUACUAGUACAGUGCUUUCUGAUACCGGUGAAGGACCUUAGAGAGGAUAUACAUAAACACUAGAUAACAAGGAAUUAUUGAAUCAUAUACACUUGAUAUGUUAUCUCGUAUUUCAAACAUACG